AUGCCUGUUCCUUUCGAGACGCUGAUUCCUUACGGAAUCAUGGUUGCCAUGUUCGGCAUCACUGGUACCGGUUUGCAUGUCAUCAAAAGCAUCCAAAACGGUGGAAAGAAGCCUCGCUGGGGUUUGGAUCAGUGGGAUAGACAAAGUAUGCCGCUUAUGAUAUGGUCCAUGGUGAUGGACCGCGAUCGACGACUUACGGGCGAUCUUCGAGGACAAAUUGACAAUGCGGAAGCUCCGCCAGGUUUCGAGCUGAACAACCCUUGGAGAUUAGAAAAACGUAUCUCUUAA